GAAGAGGAAUUGGACCUUCAGUUCCGCACUGACGUCUAUGGCCCAGUUAACGUUAUCAAGGCUGUCCUCCCUUACAUGAGAGCGAAGCACAGCGGUACCAUAGUAAACAUAAGCAGCAUUGCUGGCUUUACUGCUGGGCCUUCGUCUGCUGCUUACUCUAUGUCGAAAUUUGCCAUUGAGGCCCUUUCGGAAUCCCUCUCCGUCGAGCUUAAGCCGUUCACCAUUCGAGUCUUGCUGGUUGAGCCAGGAGCUUUCCGGACUGAUUUCCUCGGGUCUCAUAGGCUUCCUGCUGCUAGUAUGAUUAGGGAUUAUGAAGGGACACCCCUGGCCGCUGCUAUGGCUACCUGGGAUACCUUCGCUGGCAAGCAACCCGGUGAUCCGGUGAAGGCAGUCAGUCGAAUCCUCGAUGUAAUUCAGGGGACUGGUCUGGGAAACGGAAAGACACAUGUACUUCGCUUGCCGCUUGGGUCCGAUUGUUUUCCUCGGAUCCUGGCUAAGUUAGAUGCAGUCAGGCAGAAUCUGGAGGAGGUAAAGGAUAUCUCUCUCAGCACUGAUAUCGAUUCUCCAUGA